AUGUUCUCCUCAUUCUUGCGAUCGGGAGACCGCCGUCCUGUCGAGACCACGCCUCUGCUGGCGGCGCUCAACAGGUAUCGCAACCGCCAAGAUGCGGAGCCAUCCGAGGACGAGGACAACCCAGGUCUGGAGGGCAUAGGGCAAUACGAUGGCGAGGAUGAGGACGAGGAUGAAGACCGCCGGCGCGACGGACCACUGCUGCCUGUCUUUUCUUCGGAGUUUCUGGAUCGCGUACCUAUCUACAACGCGACCCACGCCAUCCGCACGAUACUCGUCCAGCGAUGCGAGACGACGCUCUCCUGGGACCAGCUGCGUUCGCCGCAGGUGUCGCAGUUCCUCGUCAAGCCUAUCCAGCAGCAAAUUCGUUCAGACCAUUUCUCGCGUGGCGCCCUGUACUGCUUGCUCGCAAAUUGCCUCCAGUUUAGGAAGGAGGGCGAAACAAACCCUGGAAACAUGGGGGUCAGCAAGACACGGGCUCUCAUAUGCGAGCUGCUGGCUAUGCGGCUGCUGAAGGAGUUCAACACGCGCGAGUUGAUCGACGCCCUGUCCUAUGACUUUGACCCACUCCAAGGACUGGAAAUGUCACGGAUAGGCACCGCUACUCCUGGUGGCGCGAACUGGGCACGACAAGCCCGAUCUGCUCGCAUAUCCACGCUGGAGAUUGCAAUUCGCGCCCAGGCGAAGAAGUUCCUUGCUCAUCCUCUGUGUGUGCAGCAGUUGGAGGCGAUCUGGGCAGGCACAAUAGUUUUCCACUCAGCCGCAGACUCUCUUCAUCGGAAGCCCGACACUCCCCGAAGCCGCAACUACGACACACCCGAGAGCAUCUCUCCAGGGAGAGGCCCCUCCCGCCGCCCGCCCGUAAAACAAGUACAACCGCAACUUCUACCCGCCGCUCUGUUGAGGCGCACAGUGACCCUCUACGACCCCCACGAUGCCUCGCUGUUCAAGCUGUCCCGUCUCCGUGUGCCCCGCUAUCGCAAUAUGUUCUCGACUCUCUCCUUCGGUAUCAUGCUUGGGUUAUUCCUUGCUGUGCUUGUAGAAAAGUCUGACGACAUCACGGGUCUUGAAGUUCUCUUCUGGUUCUGGAGUGCUGGGUACAUGCUGGAUGAGAUUGUCGGCUUCUCUGAGCAGGGCUUUGGGCUGUAUAUCAUGAGCGUCUGGAAUGCCUUUGACCUUGGCAUUCUCCUCAUGUUUAUGGUCUACUACAUCUUGCGUCUCUAUGGUAUCCUCGUGCCUGGGGUCGGUGGGCAUCAAAUUGCUAGCAUGGCAUACAAUGUCCUCGGAUCCACGGCAGUGCUACUAUUUCCACGACUAUUUUCGGCUCUGGACCAUUAUCGAUACUUCUCACAGCUACUCAUCGCGUUCAAGAUGAUGGCUAUGGAUUUAGUUGCGAUCCUCGUACUGAUUGUCAUAGCCUGCAGUGGAUUCUUCGUUGCCUUUAGCCUGGCUUUCAGUAACGAAUUCGGGGCAUCUAAUGCGGCCUAUGCCAUUUUUCAGCUUGUCAUGGGAUUCACGCCCGCUGCCUGGGACCUAUGGGGAGAAGUGAAUAUCUUGGGCAAAUUCUUACUCGCGCUCUUUCUCUUCAUCUGUCACUUCCUUGUUGUCACCAUCCUGAUUACAGUCCUGACGAAUUCGUUCAUGGCUGUCGUCAAGAAUGCAGACGAAGAGCAUCAGUUUCUCUUUGCAGUCAACACCAUCAGCAUGGUCAAGUCGGAUGCUCUAUUCUCAUACAUCCCUCCAACGAACAUCAUCGGAUGGCUACUCAUUCCCUUCAAGUACACGAUGUCUUUCAAAAGAUUUCUUCGGAUGAACCGAUGGGUGAUAAAACUGACGCACAUUCCGAUUUUGUUCACGAUUUUCGUAUAUGAGCGUUUGCUGCUGGCGCACCUUUCGUAUGGGCCGGCAGACCUGGUCGAGAGCCGAGGCCGGCCAGAGUCCAGUGGUCCCGUACCGGCAUUCAGCAUCCGCGGCGAAGUGUUCAGUGCUCGGUUGCGUGAGCCAUCAGUAACGACAUUCCACAAAGACCGUGCGCUUGAAGAGGUCUUCCGUCGACCAUUUCGGGACACCAGCGUUCCGGCAGCUUCGAAAUAUCCGUCUGGAAGGAGAAAUUCGAGUAACGUAGUAUCGGACUGGAUGAAGAAGAUGAACGACGACGACGAGUACAAUCCCCCACAAGAAGAUGCACGGUCGAUUUUGGACCGGCUUGAGGGUCGCAACAGGCCGUACUUUCGACGUGCAAGGACUGCAGGUCAACCUAGACGAAAGCUUCCGUUUCCAUCCAGCAAAAGGGCAGCUUCAGAUCCUGACGACAUCAUAUCGCCCUUUGCGCGACCUAUUGCGGAAGAGGAGGAGCCAGACAUGAAUAUUGACGACGAGCCGCAACAGACAGACGCCGACGGCGAUGACGAGCUAUUGACGAACGAUGAAGACGACCGCGCUAAUUCUGAUACCCAAGUCACACCCAAGAAUCGCACGCCAUCCGACAAGGAAAACCAAAGACGUCAAGCUGGAUAUGAAACUUCUGAGGAAGACUUCUUCCGUACGCCUAUGACAGCAAUUACGAGAACGCCCGCACGAGAUAUUACACCACAAGCAUCCAGCUUCCAGGAUAAGCAUAGCACGUCGCCUGACAAGAAGCAAGUCCGACAAAAAAUUAGUCACAGUCGUAACCUUUCCAGCAGCACGGUUUUGUUCAGCCCAACGAAGGAAGCCAUGGAUCUGUCGCGCGCAGCAUCUCCUGAGAGACGCCCCAAAACAGGUACGCGUAGCGGAGUUGCGACUCCGGGUCGCCUCGACGGCUUUCCGAUGGCUGGUACUCGGACGCCGAAACGUCCAGCUACCUCUACCAGUACCGCACCGCGUCCUCGUGCGAUCUUGCCACCACGCGACAUAGGCAGACAAGGGCCCAGCGUCGCCCACUUGCUUGACCACAGACAGCGUGCACCCUCCUUCAACGCCAUCGCUUUGGAUCUGGCGUCAGAUAUCGGAGAUAACAACCACAACCCCAACUUCGGCAAUGUCAAUACGCUGCCUGCGUCCUUCACAACACAGUUUGAAAUGGCUGCGCGAAUGAAGGCACACGAGCAGCGUAAAACCAGCGACGGCGACUCGGACUCGAAUCGCAUGAGCAGGAUCAUGCUUGCCAGGAUGACGACGCUAGAAGAAGGAUUCCGCGACGUCUUGAAAGAAGUCAAGGGAUUGAACCGUGGAGACAACGGCUCGAGUCAGGCGCCCAGUCGGGGAACGCACACGCCGCCGAAUGAGCUCGUGAAGAAGAAGGGCAAGGGGAAGAAGAAGAGCAGUAGGCGGGAUAGUGGAGAGGAUCGCAUGGGGUCCAGCGUCUAG